AUGACAGCAGUCUUUUUCAGUCCGAUUUCGCUAUGCACUUCUACCAAUGACUGUUGUGGUGGAGCGAAUAUUGUUCAGCAUCUUGAAAUCAUGUGGUUAAAGAAAGUUUUCCUUAUAUUUGCUACUCUAUUUUACUGUUUUUCGCUCGUUGAUGGUUUCCAUGAAGGAGAAAGAGCAGCUCUAAUGAGCUUCAAAUCCUUGCUGACUGAUCCAUCUAAUCGGUUAUCUUCGUGGAAAGGCGAAAACUGUUGUAACUGGAAAGGAAUCAAAUGCUCGAGUUCAGGUCGUGUUGCAGUUGUCAAUCUCCGGAAUCCUCAUCCGGAUGAAGUCAUGAUCAAUGUCAAUAAGGAAGUUGUUUCAAAUUCUAACAACGCUUUCGAUUUUGCCCUUAAAGGUACUAUAUCUCCAUUGCUAUUCACUCUUGACCAUAUUCAAUAUCUCGACCUGAGUUUCAACGACUUCAUGCUCUCAAAGAUACCUGUUGAGAUAUCGAACUUAACAAAGUUGACUUAUCUCAAUCUGUCGAAUUCCAUGUUUCAAGAUUCCAUCACCACGCAAUUCUCAAAUCUUACAUCUUUAAGGUCUCUUGAUCUUUCGUGUGCUAAUUUAGUACCCGAUUUGUCUUCUAUUACUGUUAGCUUGACAUUACCACCAAAGUUAGAUUCUGGCUCACUGUUAUCUUUUAUAAGCUAUGGAUAUCUGUCUAGUCCAAAUCUAAGGUGGUUAGAAGGACUCCGACGUCUCAGAUAUCUGGUAUUGACAGGUGUUGAUCUAUCAAAGUCCUCGGAAUCAUUUCAUUGGGAUACACCAAUAUCAAGUCUUUCAAAUCUCAUGUCACUUCAAUUGUCCAACUGCAACAUUUCAGGAAGAAUUCCGACAGCGCAAUUACUUAAUCUUACUAGUCUUUCUACUCUAGAAAUGAGUUCUAACUUUCUAGCAUCCUCGAUACCUGAUAUUCUAUCGAACCUCACAACCCUCUCAGCUCUUUAUUUUAGUGGCAACGAUUUAGAUGGUCAGAUCCCGUACUUUCCUCAACUCGAAAAACUUUCUGUUUCUAGCAAUCCGGCUAUGACUAUCGAUCUUGUUUCAAUGUUUUCAGUCCCAUGGUCAAAGUUGACAUAUCUUGACAUAAGCUUCACUCAGGUUGGUGGAACGGUUCCUGCUUCUUUAAGCAACUCAACUUCAUUAACCAUUUUCCUAGCCGAUGGAUGCUCAAUCCAAGGGUCGAUACCUUCUUCCAUUACAAAGCUUAAGAAAUUACGUAUAUUGAUGCUCAAUGAAAACAACAUCACAGGCCAGCUUCCUGUAUCCAUGUCCAGUUUGAUAAGCCUUCAAUACUUGUCACUUUUUCAGAACAGACUACAAGGGAAUAUUCCAAUUUCUAUCUGUCAAAUCCCCUCCCUCGAAUACCUGAAUUUAAAUUGGAAUGAUCUAACAGGACGUCUUCCCUCAUGCAUACUUCAGCUUCCUAAGCUUUCGUAUCUUUAUGUUCAGAAGAAUAACUUGAAUGGUAAUAUGCCAAUGUCUUUGUUCCAAAAGUCUAGAUUGGAUCAAAUUAGCUUUGGAGUUAGUGGAUUGUCUGUGGAAAUCGAUGAUCAAGAUCAAUCCUUUGUGCAAACUUUCCAGCCCGAGAUGUUGGAAUUUACAUCUUGCAACGUGAGAGGAAAAAUCCCAAAGUUCUUUUCAAAUCUGACGAGCCUAGUGAUUUUAAUUUUGGCUAACAACAGUCUAUCAGGAGCCAUACCAUACUGGUUGUUCAAUCUCCCGGCCCUCUCUGUACUAGAUUUAUCGAUGAAUAACUUCAAGGGAGUUAUACCUCCAACGAUUCAGCUGAAAUCUUCUCCUUAUCCAACAAUAAUUAGUUUAGCCGGUAACAACCUUCAAGGUUCUAUCCCUUCUAAGUUCGAGAAUGUUAAUGUCAUCGAUUUUUCACUUAACAAUCUCGUUGGCUCAAUUCCAACACAGAUAGGGGAAGUUCAUGCAUUAUAUGAAGAUAAAUUUACCUUCGAUUUGAUGUUGUUCUCUUCUGUCUGCAUGGCGUUGAACCGGAAUGACUUCUUGACAUCUCCCAUCUUGACAUCCGCGGAAUUUUUAGCUAUGCAAAUUUUUGAAAUAGUAUAUACAUUGGUUCAAACAGAUGCAACUCUUCAACGAAGUGAUGCACUGUUUUGA